AAAUUCGUGUAGGCCGUUUCAGAAUUUAGAUGCCCUUUCUUCGCUCUCUUCCGUUCCCUCGUCACCGGUCGUCGUGGAACCCCACACCUCUCUCUCUCUCUCUCUCUCUCUCUCUCUCGCGUUCCCAUUGAUCGCUCCAAUCCCCGAGUGUUCGCUUCUCCGAUCGGAUCCCGCAUCAGAUCCUAGGGUUUAGGGGAGGAGAAUCGAGGAGGAGGAGGAGAAAUGGCGCACCGAGUGGAUCACGAGUACGAUUACCUUUUCAAAAUCGUCCUCAUCGGCGACUCGGGCGUGGGUAAAUCCAACAUCCUCUCGAGAUUCACGCGCAACGAGUUUUGCUUGGAGUCCAAAUCCACCAUCGGCGUCGAAUUCGCCACCCGGACGCUUCAGAUAGAAGGGAAAACAAUCAAGGCCCAAAUAUGGGAUACUGCUGGCCAAGAACGCUACCGCGCCAUAACUAGCGCGUACUAUCGUGGGGCAGUGGGUGCCCUCCUUGUCUACGACAUUACAAAGAAACAGACAUUCGAAAAUGUGCAGAGGUGGCUGCGUGAGCUCCGCGACCACGCGGACUCCAACAUAGUCAUCAUGAUGGUUGGUAACAAGUCCGAUCUCAACCAUCUACGAUCUGUCUCUGAGGAUGAUGCUCAGGUUUUGGCCGAGAAGGAGGGGCUCUCGUUCCUGGAGACCUCGGCAUUGGAGGCAUUUAACAUCGAGAAAGCUUUUCAAACAAUCCUAACUGAGAUUUACCACAUAAUAAGCAAGAAGGCUCUCGCCGCGCAAGAGGCGGCGGGAAAUGCCGGCCCUCCGAUCCAAGGGACUACGAUCAACGUCACCGAUUCGUCGGGGGGUGCAAGGAGAACAUGCUGCUCUACUUAGGUAAAUUUCUUUCCUCCCAAAGAAGAGAACAAAAUUUGGUCUUUAGAGAAUUUUCAAUUGGUGGUGUAGAUUACUCGGUUCUUCAUUUCUCCUUUCUAUUGUGUGUGCGUUAUCUGAUUCAGGCAGGAGCUCAUAGAAGAGAUUUUUUUUCAGAAGGUUAGAUAACUUUGGUGUAAUGCAGAGUGUUGGCUAUUAUUAUUAUUUUUUUUCCUUCCGUUUCUUGUGCUUAGCUUUUAAUAGCAAAUCCUUUAGAAUGACUAUAUUGAAUAAUGUGUUCAAAAUUGAAUGAUUUGGUGUCCUCUGUUGUGCUCUUUAA